UCCGCCAUACUUCUCUUUCUUCAACCUAAGUCAACUUCCUCUCUUUUCCGCCGUACUUCCGCCGUACUUCUCAUUCUCUCGACCGUUAUCACCUUCCUCUCUUUUUCGCCAUGUUUCUCUCUUCCUUUCCUACCCGACACUAUCUCGACCCAGUUGCAUCACACAAUUGGUUAUCCCAAUAUCUUCGAUCUGGGACCCAGGAAAGAUCUCAUGCUCCUUCCUUGA